CAUGCAAUAUCAAAGAAUUUUGGAAGCAUUUGAACCUCGUUGGAUUAAACUUUAUGAACAGAAUAAAAAGUUAAGAACAAAAAAAUUAAUUUUAGACUCUCCAGACAUCAAAGACUUAUUAUCAUUUAAAGAAGUAUUUCACUUAUUAAUUAUUAGAACUUACCUUAAUUGAAACAAUAAUAAACUAACUAAAAAAAGGAGGAAACAAAGAAAAUUAGAUUGAAAUAAUAAUUACAAGAAGAAUGUCCUAUCUGUAUGAUGAACUUAGAUGAACUAUAAAAUGUCUGUGAAAUUGAUGUCUGUAAACAUUAGAUAUGUCUGACCUGUAUAAAAGAAUGGGCAGAGAAAUAUAAGACUUAAUGUCCUUAUUGCAGAGCUAAAUUCAAAAGAAUAUAUCCAUUAGAAAAUGGUAAAAGAAAGAAGACACCAAUCAAAUUAAAUCUAAAAUAUCCAAAAUGGUAACCAGAAUAAGAUUAAUUUUAUAAUUCUUAAGAAGAACAAGAAGAAAAUUAGUAGUGUUAACUUUGUGGAUGUUCACAUUCUUAAUAUUUAAUGUUAGUAUGUGAUAAAUGUAAUGAUUAAAUGUGUCAUACAUUUUGUGAUCCUGGUUUUUUAGAGUUUUACAUACCUGAAAAGAAAUGGUAUUGUUUGGAUUGCCGUAAAUCUAAAUUAAUUUAUCAUAAGCCUAAAUGA